AUGGUUGAACUCAAAGAUCAAGACAUGGUAGAAGGUAUGCAAUGCACAACACAUCCUUACACAAAGAACCCUGGUGGUAUCUGUCCACUAUGUCUCCAAGAAAAGCUAGGUAAGCUAGUCACUUCUUCUUUCCCUCUCCCUAAACCAAACCACCUCUCUUCUCCUAACUCCUCCUCUCCUUCUUCCACCACCUCUUUUGCUCUAUCUCUCUCAUCUGGAAGCAAAGGAAGGGACAACACUAACAACAACAAUAACAACCUCCCGUUUCUACUUGCCAAGAAGAAGAGUAUGCUCUCAGCUUCUUCAUCCUCUUCAUCUUCAGCUAAUCUUAUCUAUAAGAGAAGCAAGUCAACGGCUGCUGCUUAUGGUGAGGGUUUCAACAACCAGAGGAAACGAAGUGGUUUCUGGUCGUUUCUUCACCUCUACUCUUCCAAACACCAAAUCGCCACCACCACCAAAAAAGUUAGCCAUUCUUCUAGGCCAAGAAACCAGAGAACAGAAACAACAGAGACACCAAAGAGGGUUGUUGUUGGUGGAGGGGGUAUUGAUGUGAUAGUAGAGGAAGAAGAUGAGAGUCCUAAGAACAAAGUAGUUGUAGAAACGCCAACAAACAGUGUUGCCAGUGGUGGUGGUGGUGGAUCUUCUUUUGGGAGGAAAGUGUUGAGGUCUAGAUCUGUAGGGUGUGGAAGUAAAAGCUUCUCUGGAGACUUCUUUGAGACGAUCUCUAAUGGGUUUGGAGAUUGUGCAUUGAGAAGGAUUGAGUCACAGAGAGAAUCCACAAAGGCUAUUAGUAAUGGUGGUGGUGGGGAAGCAGCAGCUGAUGAUCCCAUGAGUGAAAUGGUGAAGUGUGGUGGUAUCUUUGGUGGGUUUAUGAUUAUGACAUCAUCAUCAUCAGCAUCAUCAACAGUUGAUCAUCAUCAUAAGAUGGGGAAUAGAAGCUGGGGAUGGGCUUUUGCUAGUCCAAUGAGAGGAGCCAAGACUACUACUCAUAGAGAUCGUACGAUUACAGAGUCUUCAACUAUUGACAAGAACACAUCUCCAAACUUGGACUCAGUUCCUUCAUUAGUUGCUAUGAAAAGCUAA